AUGGCUCCCAAGGCCGCUGACAAGAAGCCCGCCUCCAAGGCCCCUGCUACUGCCUCCAAGGCUCCCGAGAAGAAGGAUGCCGGCAAGAAGACCGCCGCCACUGGCGACAAGAAGAAGCGCACCAAGGCCCGCAAGGAGACCUACUCCAGCUACAUCUACAAGGUCCUCAAGCAGGUCCACCCCGACACUGGUAUCUCCAACCGUGCCAUGUCCAUCCUGAACUCUUUCGUCAACGACAUCUUCGAGCGCGUCGCCACUGAGGCUUCCAAGCUUGCUGCCUACAACAAGAAGUCCACCAUCUCUUCCCGAGAGAUCCAGACCUCGGUCCGCCUCAUCCUGCCCGGUGAGCUGGCCAAGCACGCCGUGUCGGAGGGUACCAAGGCUGUCACCAAGUACUCUUCUUCCACGAAAUAA